AUGGAUACGAGCAGUCAGUUAGCCGCCAGGAGCGCGCUUGACUCAUCAUCCGUUCAACAGUUGAAUACGAGUAAAGAGGACCUGAAAACUCAUUUCGUCACUCGUGAAGGUGUUUAUAGGCAAAUGACUCUUUCCGAAUAUUCACGGCCAAAUCGUGUCGCAUUAAAUCAGGGUGGUAAUAAUACGGGUAACGCACCUGUUCGUGUAUCCUUUCUGACUAUCCAUCCGACGGCGUCCACAUCACAACAGCAUCAAGCUAUUAGUAAUAUGAUGUUGAACGGUAGCAUACCAACACUGCCCAAUUUGGCGUUAGAUACGGAUGUGGAGCAUAAUCUCGAUGAAAAUGAUUCCCCUGCUUAUUCGGACUCUGAUAUGAACAUCAGUAACGAUCGAAUAUGCUUCAAUGUCGGCCGUGAAUUAUAUGUUUUCGUUUAUCG